AUGUCAGGCGGAUACACUGGUGCUGGUAGGUCAUGAUUUUUAGAGGUUUUUUUUGAGUUUUGGGAGUGUUUUUGAAAAUUUUUUUGAAGUUUUGAUAGAUUUAAAAACUUCAUAAAAUUUUUUGGAUCUUUUUUUGAUUUAUGAAAUUUUGAUCAAAUUUUAAACUUUUUUUUUUAAAUUUUUUAAAAGUUUUAUAAUGUUUUUUGGAUAUUUUUAAAAAUUUUUUUGGAUUUUUUGAACUUUUUUGAUCUUAAUUUAUGAAAUUUUCAAUAUUUUUAAUUUUUGGAAAUUUAUAAUUAUUUUUUUAUUUCAAAUUUUAACUUCACCCUUUCAGGACUCGUUCCCUCCAAUGGCGAAUUCUACGGUUCAGGCUACGGUGAGCGCGUGUUGGCCCCACCAGAGAUUCAACAGAAAUAUGCUGGCAAGCCCGCCUUCUUCGACGCUGACCAUGGCGUUCUCUUCGAUGGUGAAUAUGCCUACAUUUACCAAGCCCAACCAGAGCAAGCUCAAGGUCUUUCGCUGGAGAAUGAAGUCAACACCGGUCUCGAGAAGAGCUUCCAUCUAGGCAAUGGUACCGAAGGUGACGUAGAGGAGCACCGCAACGCCCUCUCUUCGACCUAUCUGUUGGACUCGCCCGCUGGAGCCGUCUACCAAUAA